AAGGUUAACUAAAAUUUGCUUCAAAUGGAUGAAUUGUAGUAAAAGUAACAAUUUAAAUUUAUCAUACUGCGUGACUUUGUAAAAAUUCGUGUCGAUAUAACUUGUAACCACAAUUUGGUUUAUCUGCCAAAAUAUGUCAAAGUGGUAAAUCUCCAUACUACUCGCUUAAAAGACAAAAUUUAUAUAAUGGAAUUACCUCGCACAAGAAGAUUUAUUAAAACUUGUUUCAUCACAGUGGGUUGUAUUAUGUUAAUAGUAUUUUCAUACACCCACCUUUCCUUACAUCAAGUAAAGGAAAUCGCAUUGUUUGUUGAAACGGGAGAUCUGUACUGUUACGAAAAACAUGCACCAUCGCUGCCGGUUAUCACUAAAGCCAAAUUCGACAAACCUUCAAUAUUUUUUCUGGAAACUACUUGUAGAUCUGACAGGGCUGGAAGAAUUAUUCUUAAUGCUAGGCAAGCUUGUUCCGUCGAAUCGGCAGCAAAAGCAAACCCUAACACGGUCGUCAACCUACUAUAUUUAUCUCCGGGGUUGAUUGGCGAUACGAACAUAGAACCAGAUCGCAUUAUGAAAGCUGUCUUAAGUUAUGACAACGUGUUCCUGUACCGGAUUAACAUUGAAGAGUAUGUAAGUAAUACGCCUGUUGAGCAACUAUUCAAAAAUGGUGAACUGAAAAAGUCUCUGUAUCAAACAGUCCACGCGAGCGAUAUAUUAAGAAUGUUAACACUGUGGAAAUAUGGAGGUAUGUACUUGGAUUUGGACAUAAUCGUCAUGAAAAGCCUUGAAAAAAUGGAUACUAACUUCGUCGUGCCACAGACAGUAAACGAAAUGGCUAAUGGAGCUAUGGCUUUUAGCAUACAUGGUAGUGGUCAUAAGUAUGCGGAAUAUUGUUUAUAUAACAUUGUUAAGAACUACAAUGGAGAAACAUGGGCUGGAAAUGGACCAGAUGUUGUGAAAAGAAUGACGGAUGCAGUUUGUAGAAGACCCACUGUAUUCGGUAAUCUGACUCAUUGCAAAGAUUUGACUAUAUAUCCUCCUAAAACAUUUUAUGCCAUUUAUUACACAUCAUGGCAGAAAUUUUUUAAUAUCAAUUAUACUCGAUUUGUUGAUAAUGAAAUCAAGGAUAGCAAGGGAGUCCAUUUCUGGAAUAAGUUGAGUGCUCAUUUGGAACUUUCAUUGGAUUCCAACGCGCCUUAUUUAAAUUUAGCUAGAAAAUAUUGUCCAAAGGUGAUAAAACAGUUAGAUACUGUGUUUUAAUUUUGAAUUGUAAAAUAAAUAUAUUUUUUCAUUUAAAUAAAUUAUAAAAUAUA